AUGUAGGAGGUGUAUAUGUGCGUGUUUAUUCUUAGAUCAUUGAAACUGAUCAUUUGCCAACAGGUUGGUCCGUCGAUGGCGCUUUUAACUGUGUAUUUUCCUUCUCGUUUAUCACUCAAAGCUUGAUUUCCUCUGUGUUGUAUCAUGUCUAUGUGACAAUGUGGGAGUUACCAGAGAGAGAUGCAACAGUCCACCUCCCCGAGUGAUUCAUUACUAAUCCAUCCAGCUCUGCACUGUGUGGUCGCUCUAGCUCACCGUAGCCAUGUACGUGAUAUGAAUGGUGUUUUGUCUUAGUAUGAAUGACUGCCAGAGAAUGCCAUUCCUGCACUGGUGUUUUGAUGCAGUGCAAUCAUGUAACACAAUCUUUUGUCACCAAGAAUCCAGAUUUAUCUCCAGCAGCCUGUAAAUCAAUUUGCUAUGCAGCACAUUUUAAUUAUUCAUACAGUACAGCUUUGGCUGAAUUGUAAGUUUAUAUGUGCCUUAAUGAGAUUUCUCUCCAAAAAUACCCAUGGAGCAGCUGCGAGCGAUCCUGGGAGUGUAUGUAAACAAUAGAGCUGAUUGAUUAUCUGUCUUUGUGAUAUACAAGAAAAGGCUGCAGGUUUGCUGGGCAUUUCAUUUUAAGGUCAUUGCUGGCUUAUGUGUGUAUUAAUAUCAAGAUUUUCUGUGUGUGUAUGGGAGAUAAAGGUUGAUGAGGCUGGUCUUGGCCCUCGUGACUUUAUCUCAUGUUUCCAUCUCAUCAUCACUUUCAGUAAGAGCUUCCUCUUACCUCGUCUCUCUGCCAUAUGAGCACUUCAGCAACACACUUGAUACUCGCCCUUUAUUCACUUUGAUUCUCCUGGAAACAGGUUGUUUUUUAAAUAACAGACUAAAGAAGCAGAUUUGGACUUAUUGUUUUUCCACACAGAGACGCUGGGAGCAUCAGGAAUAUCCAUUAAAGCGCACGCCAGCUGUCACCACUUUAAUUCCCCCUGUUCCCGAGAGUAGGAAAAAGCUAUACACAGCUGGCAGCCCCCUUCUCAUUUCUGGUCCUCGAGCCCUUCUGGGACAGAGGCAAUAGUCAUUUUGUACGGCCCACUUUUAGACUCCAUUGGAUGGUGGGUUCUUGAAUGGAUGCAGAUCAAUGGAAACAGUAUGCGCAUACUCUAUUUGAAGACUGAGGGGGUGGUGUUUGUAAGACCCAAGGACAGUACACCUUCAACGAGGAAUGAGGCUCAAUCCGUCAUCAGAAUUGACUCUGCCUCACAAUGGCUGACUGUGACCGGAUGCCCCAGGAUACAGGUUUUACCUUGAUCAUGUGAUGUGACUCCCCUGCCAGUUCGUUGCCAUCUCUCAUAGGGGCAUCAUGACCCGUCGGCUGAGUAGCUCCACUCGUUCCCACACCGAGGACUCCAUCUUCCUGAGGCCUGAUGAGGAUCCCGUUUGGCUAGACGAGCCCACAAAGACUGAAAAAAUUGGCGACGGAGCCCUUAAAAAAGACGGGCUCCUAGAAUGUAAAGAUGGAACCGCUGAGGGCCAAAACCCCCAAGAGGAACUGUUUUUACGCAAGGUGUACACACUGGUGAUUGAACUCCACUGCUGGGCAGCACUGUUUAUCACUUCCCAAAUCUUGGGGUACUGGAUAUUUUUUGUGGUGGAUGGAAAUGGGCCACUCUCUUCCAUCUACAAAGCCCUGCAGGUCAUUGACUUCUACCUGGGGUUCAUCUUACCCUGCCACCCUAUUUUUGGAACGGAUUCAGUGGUGAUGAGGGAUGUGGUAAACACCACAGAGCACAAUUGGAUUGUUCAUGGCACUGCAGGCAUCGGCGUGGCCAUCUGUGUAGUCAUGAUCAUCCACCUGGUGUGCAAGUGGAAUUAUGGCUCUGGCUUGUGGUCAUCAGGAACUGUGUCGAGGGACAUUGGUGAUCGACGUCAGUCUGUGAGCCGUCAGCCCUCUUUCACCUUGUCAGAGUGGACAGAUGCCCAGGAGGAUCUGAUAGACCUGGACCCGGUGCCCCAGACUCCAGUAUUUGAUAUAGGUGCAGAUACCAGGACGGAGGGAGAUGCUGCCACCCUUACUGUCACACCAGUGGGGCUUCAGGAGAGGAGAGGCUCCAAUGUUUCCCUGACCUUGGACAUGUGCACACCAGGCUGCACAGAGCCCUAUGGCUACGGAGCCCAACUCUCUCCAAGAGACCAGUCGGCCCAGGAGUAUCUCCGACAGGGAACGCACGUCCUGACCCCUGCCAUGCUACACACAAGGGCCAUGGACGACCAGAGCCUGCAGGCUGAGUUUUAUGAAACUCCCAUGAACUUUGUGGACCCUAAGGAGUACAAUUACCCAGGGCUGGUGAGAAAGAAUCGCUACAAAACAAUUUUACCCAACACGCACAGCAGAGUGAUCUUGAAGUCACAGGAUGAAGAUGAUUUUCUUUCUACCUAUAUCAACGCUAAUUAUCUCAAAGGUUAUGGGGGCGAGGAGCGUGCAUACAUUGCUACCCAGGGUCCCACUGUGAACACAGUGGGGGAUUUAUGGAGGAUGGUGUGGCAAGAGAGGACCCCAAUCAUAGUGAUGAUCACCAACCUGGAGGAGAAGAAUGAGAAAUGUGCUGAGUACUGGCCCGAGGACACUGUGACACACGAAGGCAUCGAAAUCACUGUGGUCAAGGUGACCCAGGAGGAUGACUACAGUCUGAGGGUGUUUACUCUGAAGUGCGGGGAAGAGGAGCGCACUCUGCGGCAGUACUGGUACACUUCCUGGCCUGAUCAGAAGACCCCAGACAAGGCUCCACCCCUGCUGGAGCUGGUGCAGGAAGUGGAAAGGGCCCGUGAGGAAGCCCUGCCCUCCAGUGGCCCUAUAAUUGUCCACUGCAGUGCUGGAAUUGGUCGAACUGGCUGCUUCAUUGCCACCUCCAUCCUGUGCAAGCAGCUGAGGACUGAGGGUGUAGUUGACAUCCUGAGAACCACCUGCCAGCUCCGUCUGGACAGGGGUGGCAUGAUACAGACGUGUGAGCAGUACCAGUUUGUGCAUCACGUCCUGAGCUUGUAUGAGAAGCAGCUUUCUCAAACUGCUGAGGAGUAGAUGGAGCCCAACAGCCACACCUAGACCGAGACACACCACUGUACACGUAACCGCCUCAGGUGGUAUGCACCACUGUACCUAACAUCAUCUCAAUCUCACCCUUUAACAAGUUCAAACCAUGUUAUUCUCUUCACUCAAGGCAGGGUCACUCAAACAGCACUGAAUCUGUGCUAAUUGUGCGUGGUUGAGUAGAACAAAUAUAGAGGAGGUGUGAUUUGAGAUAACUCACCUGAAAAUAGUAGUAACGCAGUCCCAUCGAUCCACAUGUUCUUGAUAAGUUGAAGCAGUCACACCUAAAAUAAUCCAAGCCAGCACUCUCGCCUUCAUUUCAUUUGCACUGCUAAGGUUUCCAUCACACCACUGCACAUUAGUCUCCGUCAUCGAGGCCUUGUUUUGCACUUGGUCUAAAACAGCUUCCUCGUGUAAUGAUUGUACAGUUAUCGAAAGGUUAGACUGGAAGUGAAGUAUAAUCAGAUCGCCUGCAGUGGUGUGACUUACCUGUAAGGAAAUGAAAGAAAGUAUGUGUUGACAAUAAGGGCCCUUUACAGUAUAAGUGCCAGCAUCGUUUAAAUCUACAGAGAUAAUCAAAUGCCAGCCUAAUAUUUAACUAUACUGAUAUAAAAGUUCAUAUGAAAUGUAAAAGUAAAUGACGUCUAGCCUUUUCUCUCAAUUUCAAUGUAAAAAAAAAAAAAAAAAUCAUUACAGAAGGCCUGUCUCAACUUUUGCUGCAUUCAAGAGUCACCUCAUCUUCAGGUUGCAUGGUGCUAAGUGUUCAUUAAAGGCAUGUGCAAUGUUAUGGAACAUAGGAAUGUAUAACGAUUAGGUUAUUAACUAACUAAUUAGGAUUUCUGUGCAAUCUACAGUAUUACAGUUUUACCAUGCUGCCUGUGCAGUCCUCAUGGCCCAUGAUGUUUACAGUAAACAACUUCUGCAUUAAGGCCACAUAGACGUUAACUCAGAGGCGUCACAGAGCCAGGGAUACUGAGGGGACAGAGGCCAGAAAUAGAAUCACACCAUUAGAAAAAUCAAUGCAGGAGCUCCGGAGAAUCCAUUGUGCACAAUCGACGUUUCCAGUGACACACACGGGAGGAUGUAAUGAAGAGGAAAGCAAAAAAAAAAAAAAAAAGUUG